GCUUACGUUGUGCGUGUGUUACAUUCAGACGGACAAAUGGGUGUAUUUCUCUCUAUCAGCAACAGCAGCAACGAAUUAACAAGAUCGCAAAAGUUGUUUCGUCUUACUGAAAGCAACGAGAUCAUCGUAGAUCCAGCCGAUUUUCAAACGUUUAUCAAGACAUUUCGAUCGCUGCAGUGUAAGAAAGAAGACAACCAAAUAGACCUAAGAAACCUUGUUUUGGAAUGGAAGAGUCAUUUGAAGGGCAACCUAAACACGCAAGAUAUACGAAGUCAAGCCUAUGAACUUAUCGAUACCAUAGAGAACCUUCACGACGAGCAGGACAUCUUGCUGGAAGGUGAAAAAAAGAAAUUGGAACUCAUGGCUCGGGAGGUUGCUACAAAUAACAGCGCUGGAUCACACCAUCAUGUUGGGUUAGCUAUGAAUGAUCAGAGUAAUUCAUUGCUUGGCGGCGGGGGUUUAAAAGGUACAAGUGGGGAACAAUCGACCAAGGGUGGUGAUUUUACGGACAUGCAUAAAGAGAUAUCGCGAAGACAGCAAUAUUUACAGAUGUUUAAUAACCAAAGCACUAUUGCUCUGAAGCGAGCCCUUCUUGAUAUCGAAGCCUGCAGGAAGAUGGUUGAUUAUAGCAAGGACUUUGUUGAUAACUCAGAAGAGAUCUCGUCCAGCGAAGAGAGUAGUGAAGAACCCUUUCCUCAUCCCGUAUAAAAACAUCAAUUGAUGCGGGGAA